UCACUUGUCCAACCAAAUUGUCUAUUUGUAUUUUAUACGCUUGUAUAGUCUGUGGCGUUAUGUGAUGCGCACGUCUGUUAUGUACUUGUGAAUACAAUAUAAAUACGUACAUACGUAAUAUAUCAAGGUUACGAUAAUUAUUACUUUUGAUAAACUUAUGUAAAGUUAAUUCAAAUACUACAAUUAGUUAAUGCGGUGUCUAAGAAGGUGAACUGUUUGUAUUAAAUAGUUAAAAUUAAUAGUUACCUACCGGAACUUUUAAAAUUAAUUAGUGUUUGCUGAAGUGGUUUGAUUAAAAUAAAAAAUGCAGAUACGCCAAAGAAAGUUAAAAGAUGAUACCUCAGCCCCGCAUAUCAAUGUUAGAAGUAGGAACAUAAAGCAUCCAAGGAAAUUGAAGAAGUUCUUUAUUUUUCUCAUAGUACUGGCAUUAUGCAUCACAUACUUUUUGGGGCUGUUUGCAAACCAGUCACAAUGGCUGGACGGCAUCGCAAAGAGUUUGGGCUACGAAAGUGUCUACCACCAUGCGGUUAUCAUCGACGCCGGCUCUUCGGGAUCCAGGGUGCUUGCAUAUAAGUUUAGAGUACCUUUUACAGUAUUCGGCCCGGGUAACCUGGACUUAGUAGAUGAAUACUUCGAACAGUCCAAACCCGGACUCUCGUCUUACGCUGAUGACCCUGCUAAGGGCGCAGAUACAAUAGUGCAAUUAAUAAAGAAAGCGGAGUUCCUAACACCUCCGGAGAAGAGGAAGACGACUCCUCUGAUAGUGCGGGCGACGGCUGGCCUGAGACUCCUACCCGCCGAUAAGGCACAGCAGCUCAUCGACCAUGUCGCUAGAGCUAUUGCCGAAUUGGGUUACGACGUAGGUUCUGAUGGUGUGCAGAUCAUGGACGGAUCUGAUGAAGGAAUCUUUAUCUGGUACACCAUCAAUCUCUUGCAUAAUUUAAUAGGAGGGUCCACAAUGGCGGCUUUGGAUCUCGGCGGUGGGUCAACACAGAUCACCUACCAGUUGAGCAACAGCGAGACCGCUAACUUCCCCAAAAAGGACCAGUUCGUCGUGCCAGCUGGGGAUAACAUCACCCUCUAUACGCACAGCUAUUUGAAGCUAGGUCUGUUGGCGGCCCGUUUCGGUGUGUUCCAAUCGGAGGCGCUAAAGGAUGAGACGCAGGAGUUCCGCUCCGUAUGCGUCGACCCCAUCAUACAGCGGGAACAGUGGACUUACGCUAACAAGAACUACUUUGUCAGUGGUGCAUUCCGCGUGCACGGUUCAAAGCGAUCUGCGGUAUACGCGGCGUGUCACGCGGUAGUACGGCGCAGUGUAAUGGCGGCGGUAGACUGGGAGCCCAAGAAGGCGCCGCUAGGCAGUGUGGCCGCCAUGAGCUACUUCUACGACGUCGCCGCCGACGCCGGCAUUAUAGAUGUUAUGACGGGCGGGCAAGUUUCUGUAUCGGCUUAUCGCAAGGCAGCGUUGGAAGCGUGCUCCACUCCAAAUGUAGACCAACCGUGGGCCUGCAUAGACCUAGUCUACAUCGUCACGUUACUACAGGACGUCUACAAGAUCAGUGACGAUGAACCUAUUUAUUUAUUCAAGAAAGUGAAUGGCCACGAAGUAUCGUGGGCGCUGGGACUCGCGUACACGACGAUCAUGAACCGCAUCGUGAUCACGCCUUAGUAUGCAUCCAGUUAGGAUUUAUUAACCAACCUACACAACUGAUUCACGUGGUUUACAGAAUCUGGUUGUAACGUAUAACAAAGAAAAUACAAGUAUUUAAAAACAAAACUAAAAGUUUCACGCACAUAAAGUAAUUUAGGAUGUAUAUUGUAUUAUUGUUGCUAAGGUGGAUAGAUAAAACAUGGCAGCACUAUAGCUCUUACUUGCCUUAGCCAAUCACGAAGCGUUAUUUUGACAGUUGUAAUGUCAUCUGUCAAACUUAUUUACCAAUUUAUUUCCCCGUCAGAAAAUGUUCGAAUUUAAGCCUUAUGAAUACAACGCAUUUAGCGUCGAUACAAGAAAGCUGUUGCAUUUUAAAUAUACAAGAUUUAAAUAAAUAAAUAAUGGUUUUUAAGUGUCUUAAAUCUGGUCUUUAUGACUUAUUGGAGUGUUAUGUCCGUAUUCCUUUCACUUAUUACUUUAAUCGUGUUUGUAUUUGGUACUUCUCUAGCGAUAUUAUCCUCUCUGAAUGCUCAGAAACUCUGUAUAGCCCUCCCCUCCUCUUACUACAGCUGCAACAGACCGAUUAUAAACGGAUUGUUUACGGAUCCAUUAACUGGAAAUAUCAACACCAAAAUUACACAAAGUAAGGUAGGCAUUUUUCUUCAGGGAGGGAUAAAAACAUCACCUUUCAACAUCACCUUCUCUGCUAGAGGAAUUGUCAGACCCUUACUGACAACCGUUCUUUCUUCUGCCUGCUCCAGGCCGGUUCGCACGUCUCUUUUCAUACGACAUUAGUAGCUACUAUCUAAUACUUUUAUUCGGAAAUACGGGUAUAAAACAUUUCCCCUACCGCACAUACGCAUAUUCAGCAUUUUUACCAUCUCCUUUCUUUGUGUAAUUUAAAAAUUCCUAAUUAUUUAUGUACUAGAUAGAGCUGUACGCACAUAAUUAUAAUAAUAGACACAAAACAUUUAAUUAAAUGCACAAUUGAAUUUUUUUUUAUAAUGUUAUUUAAUGUUAUUAUUGCUCAUCAAUAUUUUCUAUUAUGAAUUUAUUAUGUUAGGAGUCUUCUUAUAUGUAACAUUGCUAUUGCAUGCAAUUUCUUUAUAUUUACUAAGGCCGCAUGAAGUUGUGGAUAUACAAACCUGUGACACAAAACAUUUAAUUAAAUGCACAAUUGAAUUAUUUUCAUAUUGUUAUUUAAUGUUAUUAUUGCUCAUCUAAAUUUUCUAUUCUGAAUUUAUUAUGUUAAGUAAUCUUCUUAUUGCAUUACAUAGCUAUUGCAUGCAAUUUCUUUAUAUUUACCAAGGCCGCAUGAAGUUGUGGAUAUACAAACCUGUGACAGCUGAUUUUAAAACAAAGCACAAAUGAAUUACUGACAAGUAGGUCGUCCGCGAUCUACGGCAGCGGAAGAUUAGAUUUUUUUUUUUUUUUUUUCUUUUUUUUUUUUUUUUUUUACAUCGACUAUCAUAUGUCCACUAUAGUGUGGGGGCGUUUUGUUGUGUUCUGGCGUUGUCCACUUCUUCUUGUUUUCUGAACUAGUUGGGGUCUUGAGGAUCCUGUUUCUUCCUUGGUAUUUUACUAUGGACUUUAGAGGUCCCAGCCUGGUGGCUGUCCUGAUUGUCCUGAUGGACAUAGGGCAUGGCAAAAGGUCCAGAACAAGGAUUGCAUCCACCCUCCUGUGCUGAGUCUUCAGGGGAUUUUAUCUUCAUCUUCAUUUUAUUUCUAAGUUCUCCCCAAAUCCCCAAGAGUUUUCUUUCUUGACUUUGAACUGCCACCUUUGGUUUAUCAUAAUCUCCCAUGACAAUAUGUCUAAAGAUCACAGAAGGAUUCAUACUUCCAGGAUGGGGGAGAGUGGGAGGAGGUAAGUCUGUAACGAGAGGAUCUAUUUGAAAGAUCUGUCUGAAUCCCUUCAAAAGUGCUUUAUCUCGUAGAGAUAAGUCAAAACUGUCAAGUUCAAUACUUGCAUUGAGCUGAAGAAAAGCAGUUGCACCACCCUUCCCUGUUAACAUGGAGUGCUCCCCCAUUUGUUGUCGGAACCUGUAUCUUGGUGGAGGGAUAACACCACAGCAGGUAAAUACCUUAUAUACUGUCUUUACCAUUGCUCUAGGGAGUGUUCCAAAUGAUGUGGCUCCUAUAUGAUUUAAUUUUGGAGUUAGGAAUUUCUCAAGAUCCAUUCCAACUUGCAUUAUUGCAUGGGUUGUCAAUCCAGACCCAUGAGAUAAAGCCCCAAUGAGUGCAACAGAUAUCCUCAACAUCCAAUUCCUUUCUAAUGGUCCUGUUAGUAGACCUUCAAGUUCAAGGUCUAUGGUGAUCUGAAGAUUGACGGGAACAAGCGCUCUUAAAUUAUCUUCAUAGGGUGCUGAUGGUGUUAACUCUUCCGGUUCUUGAUUUUUCCAUAUCUUGAUUUGACUGGAAACUUUUUUUGGAAGCAUAGUACAAAUAACAAACUGAUACUCUCACUUGAAGGAGCU